UAAUUGUAUAACAUUAAUACUUAAUUGCUACAUUUAAACAAUGGGCCACCCGAUCGAGAUAGUAAAAACUUCACCCAAUCAUUCUUCGAUUGUACUUGACGAAGAAUCUCUCAUUCGAAUACUAACUCAGGAUGACAUGGAGGAUCGUCGCUUGAUCAUAGUGUCGAUGUCAGGAUAUUUCGACAGGUCCAAAGACCUGAUGCUCAACUUUUUUUUGCGUUACAUGAACAGUCAAUACAAACUGGAAAAUAGAUCGAAAGAUUGGAUGAGUGACGAGAUGCAACCACUCGAAGGCGCCUCCUGGGAAAAUUAUAAUACGGAAAUUGGCAUUCAAUUGUGGUCCGAAGCGUUCAAGACCGAAUUGACGAAUGGCGAAAAAGUCGCUAUCUUAUUGAUGAACACGAAGGGAUUUUUCGAUUGUGAUUCGAUUAUGGAUCAUCUUAGUGCCUCCGCAUUAGCAUUGACUACAACAUUGUCGUCCAUGCAGCUCUUCUUUUUGCCCGAAUGUAUGCGCAAAAAAUUUUUGCAGCAUUUACACUUCGUUAUAGAAUAUGCUAAGCUUCCACAUGAAAAUGUCAACCGUAUAUUGUUCCAGAGAUUGAAAUUUCUCAUACGUGACUGGCCUUACCCUCAUGAAUACAAGUAUGGAAACGAGGGAGGUCGUGAUUAUUUGUUGCAAACUUUUGGAAAUGCAAACAUCCAAGAUCCAGAGCUGCUUUGCCUUAAAGAAAAACUGGAAUCUAAUUUUUCUGAAUAUUCUUGCUUUCUUAUGCCGCAUUUUGUCUCUAACCCCGCUCAAGAUAUCAAGGUCAAUGGUCUCUUAUCGGAUUUGAGAAACGAUUAUAAACAACAGAUUAAAAAUUUGGUUCCGAUGUUGUUGGCACGAGAAAACCUUGACACGAAAAAGAUUGACCUAAAGUACACUGCCGCUACACUACUUGAAGAUUUCAAAAAAGGCGUGAAAUUCUAUCAAGAACUGGAUUAUAUUUUAUUUAAAAAUAGUUUGAACACAAAAUAUAAUGCAACUGCAACGCGACAAGCUGUGGUUGAAUACGAAAAUUUGAUGAAUACCUUUUGCGGACCUAAGAAAUCUUACUUGAAAAACAAGAAAUUCCAAUCAGCACAUGACAUUUGCUACAAGCAAGCAAUUCAAUACUUUGAAAAAGAAAAAAAACUUGGAUACAACGAUGAAGCUGAUAAAAUCUUUAAAUUGCUUAUUGAUUUAAAAUACAAAGAGUUUAAAUCAAAAAAUGACGAUAAAAAUCGUUUCUCUGUGAGUGGAUUCAUAAUAUUCCUCAUUAUAGCAAUAAUGUUUAUCACUUGGCGGCUAGUAAUUCCGUUGUUAAAGUUAGCGAAGAGAAAUAAUUGGUUCUAGGUUGAUAUAUGUAAGGGUUUAAUUUAAAUUACAGGCAUCAAAUGUACAUCCAUAAACUGUAACACGAUUAAUUUAAAAAAACAAAUUAAAAUCUGGAUUGUAUAACUAAAAUUACUUUUUUUAUGGAAUUUGAAUGGUGAAUGCGGCCAUGUCUUUGCAGGAAAAUUUAAAAAUCAAAAUAUUUGUAGAUUUUGAGUGCAAAUAUGUUAAACCUGAGCCGUCAUCUCUAUUGACAAGAAUCUUCAAAACUGAGUAUAAAAGUUGCUUACCUAUUGUAAAAAUAGAAAACCAAGUUCAGAUUAAUAAUUACUUGAAUGGAAAAAAUCAUAUAAUUUUGGUUAAAAAAGGCUUCGACUACGAUAGUAACUGUCAAUUUAAAGAAAAGUCCCGACUAAAUUUUGAAGAAUAUAAGAAUGAAAAAAAAUGCUCUACAUGAUCGAAGCAAGCCCUUUGAAUGUAAUAUUUGCCAUAAAUCAUUUGGACGAAUAAGUAGCCUCAAGAGACACGUCAGGACGGUACAUGAUCGUAUUAAACCCUUUAAAUGUGAAAUUUGUCUAAAAUCAUUUGGCCGUAAGCAUAAACUCAAAUCGCACAUAAAUAUAGUUCACGACCGUAGUAACCCUCAGAAUGUGAAAUUUAUCUUAAAUCAUUUGGAAACUAAAAUUUAUUCAAAAUGCACAUAACGACAGUACACGAUUGAAGAAAACCUGUCCAUUGUAACACUUAUUCAAAAGCGAUAUUAAUGCAGUGCAUGAUAGACCUUAAAAGCGUAAGAUUAUUCACGGGAGAUUUGGAUGCAGUGAAGA